UAUAGUAUAUGUAUAUAUGAAAUCUUUUUGAAGGAUUUCAGUAUGUGUGUGGACUCUACUCAGCAUCGAGUAUAGUAGAAGGGGAAAAUAUAAGUACUGGUCUUUGGUAAGCCAUAGUGAUGAGUCACACAUUUGUGCAAGUGUCAAGUGGCUGUAAGAGAUAAUUUUUGUAAUUUAAUGCUUUUAUUCCAUACAAUUUUUAUAAUAAAUAUUAAAAUAAAAGAGGAUUGAUUAAACAUGAAUGAUACAGAUAUAAGCGAUCGCCCGAAAUGGUUGUUAGAAUUGGAAAAUCGAAAACGAAAGCCCCGAUUAGCACAUGAAGCUGGAGCAGGAGCACCUUGUGUUCUUUGUAAAGCAGCAUGUCCAGGUUUGGAUUUACAUUUUUGGAGAAAAAUUUGCAAAAAUUGUAAAUGCAGUAAAGAUGACCAUGAUGUUGAUGAUGAUGAUUUUCCACAAUUUGAUUUAUUAUUUGGCACCUCAAAAAGAUAUAAAAAGAAAUCCAUAUUAUUACAUAUAAAUGGUGGGAAAGAACAUGUAGGAGAAGCAUUUGAAUGGAUACCACCAGAUACAACAAAAGAACUUGCAGUAGAUUAUAUGAAAGCUUUGCCUAUUGAAAAGUUACCUAUUAAAGGAUCACCGGGUGCAGCUCUGAGAAGACAAUUAUUACAAAAACAAUUACCUCUUCAUGAUGUAGAUUAUAAAACUUGUGAUAAAUUAAGUGAUCAAGAGAAAAAACAAUUUGAGAAAUAUUUAGAAAAUAUAAAAAAAUAUGUAGGACAGGGAACAGUAACAAAGAUAUUAAGUGCUCGUCCAUUUGAUGGAUCAUUGGUAACACCCGUGAAUGCAACUGAUAUGCAACAUUUUAGUCCACAAAACAAACCUAAUGUAUCAUCAAAUUUUGUGCAAUUACGUACACCAAGUAGUUUUGCUCCAAAAAGUUCAUAUAAAAAGAAUUUAUAUGAAAAUAUAAAUGUACAUGAGUUUCCUGCUCCUUUAGAGAGAUUGAGUAAUUAUAAUGAUAUUAAGAAUAUUCCAAUUUUUGAGAAAUAUAAUAUAAUUAGUAAUGAUGGUGAAAUUAUUGAAAGUACUAAUCAAAAUAUUGCAAAAAAUAGUUCAAAAACUGUAAACUUAAAAUAUUCAAAUGAUGCACCAAUCACAAACAUCAAUUCUGAAGUAUCAUUACCUUGGAGUUCAUCAGAAGGUUAUAAAGAAGCACAAAAAGAUAUGUUGAAAAGUCCACUUAGCUCUGUGUCGUAUUCAAAACCAAUCAAUGAUGAUAUUGUUGAAGCUAUGUUAGCAGAUGCUUUACUACCUCCUAGUACAGUACAUGCAAAUGAUAUAAUUAGAAGUACAUUAGAUGAAAAAAGUCUAAUGUAUAUACGUGAAAAACUCACAAAUAAAUAUAGCAAUCAAGAAAAUCAAGGACAAAUACCAUCCAUUACCCCUAAUUUUUCAAGAAGUUUAAAACCAAAGAACUCGUUAUGCAGAAAUACUGGGUUUGGAUCACAAAAUGAAAAUACUCCUAUAAACAUUAAUAAGGGAACUAAUAAAACAGGCAUUAUUACUUCCAUAAAAAGUCCUGAAAUGUUAAUUUCAACAAAAGAUAAAAUUCAAAAAGUAAAAAGUGAUUCUGAUCCAAUAAAAGCAGAAAAAGGAACAAUGAAAUCCAAUUCAAUAUUAAUUAAAUCUGAACCUUUAGAUUCUACAGAAACUUUUAACAUAGAAAAUUUAGGAGAAAGUAAAUCAUUAACUCCUUUAACAGUAGCAACAAAUUCAUUCUCUUCCCCAGCUUCAUCGUCGCGAACAUAUUUACAAACUUCCAAUACUAAUAAUUAUCAAGCAAAGUUAAAUAGUUUCACAACACCUUCUACCGUUAUUUAUUCCGAAAAAUUGCAAAAUCAAAUUUUCCCUUAUGAAACUGGUCCUACUGUGAAACAAUCGGAACAUAUUCCUAAUACAGAGCACCUUAAAAAUAUUAUGGAAGAAUUGACAAUAGAUUCUACAAAAUUACAAAAGUGUCAUAAAUGUGAAGAAGUAAUUUGUGUUGGUGAUGUUGCUGUAAUUACGGAGAAAGCUAAAAAUGCAGUAUGGCAUCCAGGAUGUUUUGUGUGUAAUAUGUGUAAUGAAUUACUAGUAGAUUUAGUAUAUUUUUAUUAUAAAAACAAAUUAUACUGUGGCAGAGAUUUAGCAACACUUUUAGGAAUUCCUAGAUGUUUCGCUUGUGAUGAACUUAUCUUUGUGCGAGAAUAUACAGUUGCUGAAGGUCAUAAUUAUCAUGUCAAACAUUUUUGUUGCUGGGACUGUGAUGUUCCAUUAGCUGGAAAACAAUAUAUCACAGAAAAUGAUCGCCCAUUAUGUCUCUUGUGUUAUCAAAAAACAUAUGCAAAAACGUGUAAUAUGUGUGAAAAGAUAAUUGCUGCAGACCAACAAGGUGUUGCUCUUAAAGAUUUAAAUUUUCAUGCAACAGAGACUUGUUUCUGUUGUUAUAUUUGUCAUAAAAACUUAUUAAGUGGCAGAUUUGCAGUUAAAGAAAAAAAAAUAUUUUGUAGUAAGGAAUGCAUUUCAAAAUUUUUACAUCCACAAAUUAAGUAACAAACUAGUAAAUGUGUUAUUCCAUUUUUAACAUU